CAAACGUCGCAUUUGGCCUCGCAACCACAUUCAACAAUGGCUCCCUACAACGUUCGGUGGGGUAUCAUGGGUAAGAUAGAUCCCCGCACCCCCCCAGACAAUCAGUCGUCUUCCGCAGUUCUCAGGCUAAUCAAUGCGUACAAUACUCUUCUACCCGUAUAGCGACAGGAUGGAUCGCUGAUAGUAUGUCUCUUGACCCUUCACCCAAUCCUCGCGAACACUCCAUCUCACGUCUUUGCCCUCCAAUAAACAGCCUUCGUGCGAGAUCUGCUGAGAGACCCCAAAAUCCGCGGCGCAUCCGAUAUCUCCCACACAGUCGUCGCAGUGGCAUCGUCAUCGUCUUCAGCCCGGGCGGAGAAGUUCAUCUCAGACACCAGUAUUCCGGCUCCCUGUGCUGCCUAUGGCUCCUACGAGGAACUCGUGGUCGACGCCAACGUGGACGUCGUGUAUAUCGCGACGCCGCACUCUCACCACUUCCAGAAUGCGAUGCUUGCCCUCGAAGCGGGGAAGAACGUCCUCUGCGAGAAGGCCUUCACCGUCAAUGCCUCCCAGGCUAAGAUCCUAUGCGACACGGCCCAGAAGAAGAAGCUGUUCCUGAUGGAGGCCGUUUGGACGCGGUACUUCCCGCUGAGUAUUCAGGUCAGGGACCUGAUCAAAAACAACGCCAUCGGUGAGGUGCUCCGGGUUAUCUCCGACAACAGUUUUGGGGACCCUGUCGAGGAGAAAUGGGGAACGGAGCAUCGGAUGGUCAACAAGGAUCUGGCGGGUGGGUGUUUGCUGGAUUUGGGUGUCUAUUCGUUGACCUGGGCUUUUCAAACCUUGUAUCAUACCCUUCCCCGGGACCAGCGGAAACCGCCCUCGGCCAUCUCUGCCCAUAUGACGCUCUAUCAUCUGACCGGGGCCGAUGAAGCGACUACGAUCCUCCUGAGCUUCCCGACUAGCACACCGUCCAAUCUUCCCCAUCCAGGUCAGUCGCAGGCUGUGGCGAUGACACAUCUCCGGGUAUCGACGGAUCCUGAUGAGACCAACUCGGCCCGUCCGGCAAUUCGCAUCCAAGGCACCAAGGGCGAGAUCCAAGUAGAUGGGCCGGCUUUCCGUCCCGAACGGUACCGCAUUAUUCCCGUCAAGGGUGAGGGAGAGCUCAAGGAAGUUGAAUGUCCGUUCCCUGGUGAUGGGAAGGGUAUGUUCUGGGAGGCGGACGAGGUCGCGCGAUGCCUCCGCGAUGGGAAGCUGGAAAGUGAGACCAUUCCGUGGGAGGAGAGCAUUACCAUCAUGGAAGUCAUGGAUGAGGUUAGGCGACAGGGUGGAUUGACGUAUCCGGAGAAGAUCGAGUCCACUGUAUACCCGACGGUGUUGUAAAGUAUCUAGUAUUCUAGGCUACAUGGCAGUCCCUUAAACGCAUUCGGAAUGGUGGCGCUGUUGUUUGUGAUACACACAAAUGACCAGCCCAUGAGCGUAACCUGGGAAGUGGCACGUGUUGGCGUCAGCCAAACAAAAUCCAUGAAAUAUAGGUACCGGGUUUGUUUACAUGAUCAUGUUGGAGGAGCCGAGUUGAAUCGUCUCAUCCGAAUUUGGUUCG